AUGUCCCCCAUGUACGGUGGAUACGGGGGCUAUGGGGGUGGAAUGUCCUCAAUGUACGGGGGCUAUGGGGGUGGAAUGUCCUCCAUGUACGGGGGUGGGUUAGGCACAGUGGGGGGAAUAACGGGCGGUAUGUCCGGGGGCAUGAUUAACGGGGGCAUGCCGGAGGGAAUGAAUGGGCUCGCAACAGUGCCCAAUGGGCAGGGAAUAAAUAAUAGUAUCCUGCCGCCGCAAUCGGAUCAAUCUCAGGCACAUGUGCCCAGUAGGCCGCCUGCUAUCGAGGAGGGCCCGCGUGAACGCCGGGAGCGUCGAAGACAGGAGCGGAAAGAGAGGAAGGAGGCGCUUGAAAAGCAGCGCCAACAAAAGAGGCAGUUUCUUAUACAUUCGGCCAUUGAAAUUACGGGUCACGUGUUGCAGACCCUGGUUCAAAUCCUGCGUUCAGGUCUAGAGCUGUUUGGAGUCGGAUUCGGAACAUACUACAGUAUUAAGGCCCUGAAGGCUCUUCUCAAAAGCCAAGAGGACAGCAUUUCACGCAAGGCUACAAAAGAGACGUUCACAAGGGCGAGGAAGGAGGUGACGGGUGGGGGUGCGACGCCUGGGCCGAAGAAAUGGAAAGGAUGGCUUUUGGUAUUCGCACUUUUUUUCCUAAUGGAGACGAUCUACGGUAUGCAACGGCGUUACCGUGAGGCACACGAUCGGCGAACGACGCGUCGCGAAGGGCGUGGUAUGCUUACCAACAAAUACGAUGAAAGUUUGGCGGAAAGUCUUUCACAGAGUGAGGAGCUAAGUAGCGAUGAGGCGUCCUCAGAGUGUUCCAUUGCUUCCACGGCGUCCGUGCCCGGCGAAGUCGACAAUAAGAGUGGUCAGGGCAAACGUGUUUUUGUUGCCGUGUUUGACUACGAUGCCCCAGAAGAGGAGGGGUUCAUUGGUUUUAAGGCAGGUGACCGCUUUGUCGUUGAGGAAUACGCGGAGAAUGGAUGGUGUGAGGCAUGCCACAUUGACGCAUAUGAACGGUCCGUAAGUGCAGGGCUUGUCCCUGGCAACUUUCUGCGCCCACUGGAGGGAGGGACGAAACUCUAA